ACCGCUUGCCUACGUAAAUAAAAACCUUAAUAUUAAAAACAUUAACUUUUGGUCUUCACAAGAUCUUAAAAAACCUUCAUUAGAGUGUUGUGUUUGUGAAGAUGGCAGAAGAGGAGGUUGAAGUUGCAGCCAGCAUGAAGAAUAAGGUGAUGGUGGCCAUUGAUGAUAGUGAGUACAGUCAUCAUGCUCUUAAUUGGGCCCUUAAUACUCUUAGAUCUACCUUGGUAGAUUCAGAAGUUGUUAUCUAUACGGCCCGAACACCGGUUGAUAUCGGCUAUUUGUAUGCAUCUUCAUGGGGAACAGCUGAGCUGAUAAAAGAGCUUAAAGAAAGUGAGACUAAGGCAGCUCUUGAUUUGCUAAACAAAGCUAAAGCUACCUGCGCCGGUUACGGGAUCACAGCAGAAGGAAUGACAGAAAUAGGAGACCCUAAAGUGGCUAUAUGCGAUGCAGCAGCCGAACUAAACAUCCAGUUGCUUGUGGUCGGCAGUCAUGGCCGAGGGGCUGUUACUAGGGCUUUCUUGGGGAGUGUCAGCAAUUACUGUGUCAAUUAUGCCAAGUGCCCUGUUCUUGUCGUCAAGAAAGCAGAAUAAAUCAGUGACUCAGUGUGUGUGUUCUGAUUCGGUUCCCAUAUGUUCAUAAAUAAAUAAAUAAAUAAUAUGAAGUUAGUGAAAAUAAUAAUGUUCGUGGAUAUUUGAA